AUGACAAUGAAGAGACCAGUUAAAUUUGUGAUAGCAGGUAUACUAGUGUACGUUAUAGUGAGUCUUAUCGUUGCUACUAAAUACGUACAUUUUGAACUGUUUUCCCGAUUCCAAAAUUCAAGUCGAUUGAUGGUUAGUUCAAACACACAAUCCAAAUAUUUCAAUAAUGAAACAAAAUACUCUAGAACUCGUUAUAUCCUGCCAAUAUUACCGUGGACCCUCGGGUUGUCAUCGCUAUAUAACGGGUACUCACGGUCACUGAUGUUUGCGAUGCAAGAACAGCGUACUAUUGCCAACGUUCCUUUUCACAACCAUGGCCAAACACAGGAAGGAGGUCUUCGUGUGCAGAGAUCCUUUGAGGAAACGUUUGAUGUGAAAGAACUUGAGAAACUUUUACCGAUCGUCAAUCUCAGUGAAUACAUAAAGCACUGUGGAGUGGUACUGCCUGCCCAGAAUAUCCUCAUCCCAGACACCAGCAUUAUACGGACGAAAAAUACAAAUGUGAACACAACUUUGGAAAACUAUUACAAGCUGAGGUCAUUGGACACAGAUUAUUUAAUUAUAAUUUACCAAAACACGCGUCAUCUCUACAAAAAAUUUCUGGGCAUUCAGCUGCCCGCAAUCACUGAUUUCGUCACAGACGACUUCAAUCGCACCGCCGAUUGCAUUGGUGUAUUUCCAACCAGAGAUCUAACAUUUUCCAACGAAGAAGAGUUGGGACGAAGAAUUAUCAAACAUUGGCAACCAGCUGCAUAUGUACGUGAGAUGGCUAAUGAUGUAUUUGGAACACUGUGUGGUGGUAAAUACGUUGCAGUGCAUUGGAGAAAUAAAACAGGUGAAAGAUGCACCCCAAUUAAUCCAAACGGGAAAUGUGCAUUGAACGCUCAACGUGAGUUAAUCAUAUUAUCAAGAGCGACCCCCGACAUUGUAGACGGAGUUAUUGAGACAGUCAGGUCACAUCAACUACGAUGUAUUUAUGUGGCUUCACCGCCAUAUGAGCAGUUGUUCGUAUCAAGUCUCAAACAGAAAGACCUUGUGGUAUUUACCGUCAUGGAUCUCAUCGGUAUGUCGAAAAAGGUUGCCAAAUACAAAAAUGACAAUUACGUAUUGUCAUUACUGGAGCAACUAAUUGCUGAAUACGCCGAGGUGUUUAUUAGUAGUCGGACAUCAAAUUGGUCGUUUUACGUCGAAUAUCGAAGAGAUUUGCAAAAGAAAAUUACGGUGGCACUUCAUGAAAUAGGGGGCAGUUCGCUUGCAUUCACUCCUGAGCUUAAAAAUUUGCUUUAA